AUGAAAGGUCUUCUAAUGUUGGAACUUCAUAACAAGAACCUCGUCGACUUGUGCACAGAUCAAAAUGCCAACCAUGUAAUUCAAAAGAUCAUGACGACAUUUUCUUUCGUCCAUUGGCAGUUCAUCGUCGAGCAGUUCAUUCGCAACAAAAACGAUCUGUUCUGUGUGGCGGAAAAUAAGUAUGGAUGUCGUGUGGUGCAGCUAGCUAUUGAGCUUCUAUCUGAUACUGAUAAGAAGGUAAAUAAACGUCGAUCGCCAAUGUUGGAUGAUCUUAUGGCGCAUUUGGUAGCCAACUGUGAGCGCCUAGCCUGCAACGAGUUUGCGAACUAUGUGAUUCAACACGUAAUCAAAGCGGGUCCAUUGGCCGACUACCGUGAUCGCAUCAUUGAAGAGUGCCUUUUACGAAACCUCUUGUCUUUAUCGCAAGAGAAAUAUGCUUCUCAUGUAGUUGAGAAAGCACUUGAGUUUGCACCAGCAGCACUCUUGGCUGAAAUGAUGGACGAAAUCUUCGAUGGAUACGUUCCUCAUCCGUAUGAUUGCCUACCAAAUAUUUUGUUGAGAUCUCUUUUUACAGACCUCAGUUUUUUGUUCUAUAGGGAAACGAAGAAGGACGCUCUGGACAUAAUGCUGUUUCAUCAGUACGGAAACUACGUAGUUCAGCGCAUGCUUGAUAUCUGCUGUGAAGCUGCACGUGCAAAAAGGAACGGAAUAAAUCUUCCUGACAUAGAAUUGCGCAUGGAAUGGCUCAACCGUCUCGAAGCUCGUAUUUCACAGAAUCGUAAUCGUCUUGCAAGGUCGUUUUUUAAUUAG